AUGGCCCAAAAAGUGUCGUUUUUCGGAGGAUUCCUGGCAAUUUUUCGACAUUUUUCUGGUGCUUCAGCGGCUGCAGGUCCCAAUGGCCUGGAACUGUGGCUUGUCUUUUGGCAUGAAAUCUCUAGACUUCAGCGACGAUGGUCGCUGUGUGCCUUCUGCGUUGUACCAAGGUUUGCGGCCCAGCCUGCUCCGCCAAUAGAGAGGGCCAGCCUUGGCGAUUCGGAGGACGACGAAGAUGACGAGGUUAUCGAUAUCCAGCCCUUCGUGCGCCCGCGACAGGGGGGCGUCUGCGCUGAGCCUUGGGAACAGGGCUACUACAAGGAGAAGCUUUGGACCAAGCACGAACAUUGGGAAGUCAUCCUGAGAGAUGUCAUGAGGGACGCUACCGUCUUCCGUCAGUUUGGUGACAAGGAUUUGGAACGCUUCAUCCGGCCCAUGGAGACACAUAAACGCUACGAUGGUCAAGUCUUUGCGGAAGAGGGCGAGCGUGCUGACAGUCUUUAUGUGGUGCUGGAGGGAACCUUGGCCUGCUACCAAAGUGGAAAGGCCGAGCCUGUGGCCAGGAAAACUCAGAGCGCGCUGGUUGAUGAGGCUGCAGUUCUCUUCGCAUACCCGCGGAGACAUACCAUGAAGGCAGAAGGCGAGUGCAUCAUCGCCAAGCUCACCCACAGUGAAUAUGUGACUCUGUGCACGCGCAUGGCCUUCCGAGCGCGAUCCAGGUACAAGCACAUGUUGAAGAAUUCGAAGAUGCUGGAGAUGAUGGAAGACGAGGCGUUAGAGAAGCUUUGCGAUGCCUUCACUCUCCGCAGGUAUCGGCCAGGUGAUGACAUUGUGGUGCAGGGCGAGCAAGGUGCCGAAUUUUAUUUGAUCACCUCUGGCACUGCCCGUGUUUGGGUGAGAAGUGGCGACGACGAGCAGGAGUACGUGCGUUUGCAUGCGGGGAACCUCUUUGGCGAGCGCGCCCUGCUGAAGAAUGAGCCCCGCGCGGCCUCGGUCACGGCCGUCACCGAGGUGGAAGUCCUGGUGCUGAGCCGCGGAAAAUUCGAGCGCUUGCUCGGCUCGAUGGAUGAUCUGCAGCAGCAGCAAUAUCUCACCGAUCCUCGAAAGCUCAUUGCAGACUUCUACCAGAACGGCGACAGCCGCGGCCCCUCGGGUUCGCUGAUGCGGCACAAGAUGACGGGCACGGAGGGUGUAGAGACGCAGUGGUUCGUCGUGUACCGACCCACCAGCAAGGAUGCCAUCGCAAAGAUGCUGUCCGGUGCGGCGGUGGGAAAGGGCCUGAACGUCAAAGGAAAAUCAGCCAAGAAAGGUGUGCUGUCCGGCUUCGUUCCAUUUGUGCAGAUCAGCGAGAAUGCACACAAGUCGGUCAUUGAAGAUUCGCCCCCAGAUUCCAGGAUUGUCGUGUAUUACAAGACCAAAGCUGCAAGGGAAGAAGCUCGGAAGGCCUUGCAAGCUGUUCUGGACACGGCCACGACCCUGAAGAUUGAGACGAGAACGAUUGUCGACGAGGACUCUUACAAACCUGAUGUGUGGGGAUUGGAGAUGCCCGAGCCGCUCAUGCGUGAGGGAUACAUUAUCCAGAAAGACAUUUCACCUGUCAUGGGUUGGGAGACGGGACGCAGAUCCGAGCCAGCCUUCAUGGACAUGAAUCUGCAUGCAAUCCGCGGCAAGUCGGAUCCACAGGUGGUCCUGUACCAGAACGAUGAAGCUGAUAUCAUGAACCCCAGAGGUCUCCUCAUUGCCUAUGCAGAGGUCUUUGUGAAGCCAGUGGUCUCCGAUUUCGACACCUUCACCGUGGGCUCCAAAAACAUGGUCUAUGAGUCCUUGCCGUCUGAGCAGGCCGAGUUGAUCCUCUGGAUGUUGGAACAUACCGAGGGCAUCCUGAAGUCCUUGGAUCAUCAGAGCUGGAACUCACGGUGGUUGGAGGUUUUAGCCAAGGAGAAUGAGAGGGGUUUCCACCCCACGAUUCCCAAGUUUGGCUUUGGCGAUCCCACGUCGUACAAGCUCAUCCAAGAUGUCAUUGCGGAAACCGCGCCCUGUGGUGCGGUCCGCCAUGGUGCAGAGUGCUGCAACCUCUACUUUCCGCAGGAGUUGGAUGAUGAAUAUUUGAUCGUCUGGCAAGGCUUCUCAGGGAAACCCUGGGACUACAAGACCGAGGCGGGUUUGCGCGAGUUCCUCCUUGAGCGGGUUGAGGACGGCUAUGUCUUUCCGCUGAAUCCUGUGUGGCCUGUGCGAGACAAGGGCUGGUGGGAGAUCUUGCAAGCCAUGCUGAAGCAGGAAGAAGCCAAGAAGUGCUUGCAGUCCUGGCUCCCGCCGGAGAUCAAAUAUCUGGAUAGAGCACAGCAGCUGCACGACAAAUACAAAGAUGGCUUCAUGAUCGUGCAAAAGUAG